AAAGAAUGGACAAGGAAGAAAAAUGAGAGUUUGUGAGGAUAAUGUCAAAAAUACUACUAGAAACAUUUUACUUGAAGAUGAUGAAGGAAAAGAUGAACCAGAUAAUACAAAUGUUAAUAAUGAUAGAGAAUUAUCAAAACAAGAACUCAAAAAAGAUAACAGAGAAUUAAAUGAAGACUGCUCGGAUAAUAGCAAUAAAAUGACAGUAGUUAAAAAAAAUAAUGAAAAGAUAGAUCUAAACCACGCCUGUGAAGAUUGGUUAAACAAAGUAAGUAAGUUCAGAAGGACAAAUAAAAAAGAACUUGUGAAAGUAAAAACAUACCUACCUGAAUUAAAAGAACUUGAUACUAUUGCUGCUCAUAGUGAAGCUUGUAAUUGUUAUUCCUUCGGAAUUGAAAUCAAGAAGGAUGAAGACACGAUUAAAAGACCUCUUAUCUUGAAAUCUGAGACCAAUCAAGCGGUCAAAGUCAAAUCUAGUAGACUAGAAGGAAAAUCAUGGAAAUCAGAAAA